CGCCAACGAGACUUUACACAGAUGUGUUUCAGGCGUGAGCAGUUUAGGCGGUGGGACUCUGUUCGCGCAGUGGGAUCAACUUCUUUCACAGGAUCUACCGUCUCCUACUCGGACACCUUGAGAUCAUUGUAACAGUUAACGUGAGCAUUGUAGGUCAAGGUGAUCGGGGAAAUACUUUGUUGUAGAAUUGAACAUAUUUAGACAGGGCUUUUAAACGCAGAAGAAAAUGCCUGUAGCUUCUCUCCUGCCUUUCACGGUCACUCCGAAUAGGAAGUCCGUCAGCCCGACCUCCUUCAGGCUCACGGAGAAAUUCAUCUUGCUUUUAGUUUUCAGCGCCUUCAUCACCCUGUGUUUCGGAGCUAUCUUCUUCUUGCCGGAUUCCACGAAGCUGCUCAGCGGAGUUUUCUUCCGCUCGUCGUCCUCGGUGGAGUCAGAGACGCGCACAGGUACGGUCAGUGACAUGAGCACCGGGACGGGCAAGGAUGAGAAGAUCCUGGCCAAGAUCAGAAAAGACCACGAAAAGGCGCUGAUUGAGGCCAAGGACACCCUUCAAAAAGGGCCGAGCGAGAUCAAGCAGGACAUCAACAGCGACAAAGAGAAACUUGCUCCGAACGGACAGGGGAAGGGAGCGAAAGCUGAUAGUUUGCCGUUUGUUCAGUAUGAGCGACCGCCUGGAGCAACAGGGCACGAGCCCGCGGAUCCUGACAUUAAAGCGAAAAGAGCCAAGAUUAAAGAGAUGAUGCAGUUUUCUUGGGAUAAUUACAAGCGCUAUGCCUGGGGCUCCAAUGAACUGCGUCCCGUCUCUAAACAAGGCCACUCCAGCAAUUUGUUUGGUAGUCUCAAAGGAGCCACCAUUGUGGAUGCACUGGACACGCUCUACAUUAUGGAGAUGUAUGACGAAUUCGAGGCUGCUACCGAGUGGGUGGACAAGAACCUAGACUUUAACAUGAAUGCCGAAAUCUCCGUCUUUGAAGUGAACAUCCGUUUUGUUGGAGGCCUGCUAUCUGCCUAUUAUCUCUCAGGCAAAGAGGUGUUCAGGAGAAAAGCUGUUGAACUAGGAGAGAAGCUGUUGCCGGCUUUUAAGACCCCUACUGGCAUCCCUUGGGCUCUUCUCAACCUAAAGAGUGGGAUCGGCAGAAACUGGCCAUGGGCUUCAGGAGGAAGCAGUAUUCUUGCCGAAUACGGGACGCUGCAUUUGGAGUUCAUGCAUCUCAGUGCUCUUUCAGGGAGACCAGUUUUUGCCGAGAAGGUAAUGAACAUCAGAAAGGUGCUGAAUCGACUGGACAAACCUCAAGGAUUGUACCCGAAUUACCUGAACCCUAACAGUGGACAGUGGGGCCAGCAUCACGUCUCAGUUGGAGGCUUGGGGGACAGUUUCUAUGAGUACCUGCUGAAGGCCUGGCUCAUGUCAGACAAAACCGACGAGGAGGGAAAGAAGCUUUACUACGAUGCCUUGCAGGCGGUUGAGAAGAAUUUGAUCCGCAAGUCAAGUGGAGGGUUGACGUAUAUCGCUGAAUGGAAAGGCGGACUCCUGGAGCAUAAGAUGGGUCACCUGACCUGCUUCGCCGGUGGUAUGAUUGCUUUAGGGGCGGACGGAGCCCCCGAUGAUAAGACGGGUCACCAGAUGGAAUUGGCGGCUGAGAUCGCCCGCACGUGUCACGAGUCUUACACCCGAACAAGUAUGAAGCUGGGCCCCGAGGCCUUCCGUUUCGACGGAGGCGUAGAAGCCAUCGCCACACGGCAGAAUGAGAAGUACUUCAUCCUGAGGCCAGAGGUCAUUGAGACGUACAUGUACAUGUGGAGGUUCACCCACGACCCCAAAUACAGACAGUGGGGCUGGGAGGCGGUGGAGGCUCUGGAGAAGUACUGCAGGGUGGAAGGGGGUUACAGCGGAGUGAGAGACGUCUAUGCUAACACGCCCAACCAUGAUGACGUGCAGCAGAGCUUCUACCUGGCUGAAACACUCAAGUAUCUGUAUCUUUUGUUCUCCGACGACGACCAUUUGUCCUUCGAACACUGGGUGUUCAACACGGAGGCCCAUCCUCUUCCUGUCAUUAAGAAACAGACCCCAGAAAUAGCAAACCAACUCAAGUAAACUUCAUCCAAACCCAAAGCGCCACUGAGACGUAUCUUCCUGAACCUGCUUUAACAGUGGAGAAGAGCUAUGGACUCAAAACCCCUGUGGCUGGAGAGUUCUUAUCCUCCAGGACUUUUUUGCAAGUGUUUCUCCUCUGCCGUCUCUUUUUGGGAUUCCGCAUGCUGCCCUGUCGCCCCUCUCUCUGUCCCUGAUUCUGUGGACACGUCUCUGAACCUCAGAGACCCAGAAGGACCUUAUUUCCUCUGUGAGGAGACCGGACCAGAUCGUUUUCCAUCAUACUUGCCCUCUCACACAUGUAAUAAAGCCAUAGGUAAUUGAAUAAAAGUCCGUUUGUGUUUUUUGCAUCAUGUGCAUUUACAGGAGCGAAGCUAAGAGAUAUCCAUUGGACUUCGCCAUCUCCUGCUGUCUGUUUCUUUCGGAAUGAGGUUUGGUUCAGCGUUUUGAGGCUUUAUUCGACAGCAAGGUAGUGAAACCAAGUCAACUAGUGCCUUUUAGUCUUAUUGAUCAUUUUUAUUUAUUUUCGCUGUGGCCGAAGGUUUCUUCCUACUGGCCUACAGCCCUCCUACUCACUUAAUGGAUGUAAGAAUCAGUCAUUUGUUCCUCUACAUUUGUGAGCUUACUUUGUUUCAAAUAAUGUGUGCAAAAUGUGUUUUGAUUGUUUACUUAAUCAGUGGAGGAAGAGACUUUUUUAUCCUUGACAUGUAAAAUGGAGUACUUUGUGUUAAUUUAUUACUCAAGAUGUAGGGAUUUUUUUGUCUUUUUUUAUUCAGUGUGGAGGGCAGGAAACUACAGAGACUCUAAGAGGAGACAAUGAUAGGAAAAAAUGAGAUGAGAGGACCAAUUUACAAUUCAAUGCACUGCAGUUGCUUGCAAAACUAUUGUUUUCCUGAGAAGUUUUGCGUUUGCUGGCAAACACGCUGAAAUUAAAUUUUUUCUUUCCACUUUAUUUCCAUCACAAACAUUUUUCAAGCUCAUGCAAAAGUUUUGUGAGCGAGCAAACAGAAGUCUUUAUGAGCGAAAGUUUCUCUGUGGAACAUAAAAGGUUUUUGCGAGCGAAUGCAUAGUUUCCUGUGUGCGAACCCAAGAAAACGCAUCAGCAUUGAAAUCUAAUUUUUCCUCCAAUCUAAUCAACAGGUCCUUUUAGGAGCAUUGUAGUAAACUGCAAUGAAGCUGCUCGAAUCCAUUGGAUAAGUGUUUUAUUAGGACAACACGGGCAGCAUCAGUCAAAAAGGGGAGUGAAUAUUUGUAUGAAUGUACCACCAAAUGUGAAUUGAACAUGCUUUAGCCUAAUUGUUGUGAUUUAUCAUUUUAUCUUAACUUGUUUGUUCAUUCAUUUGAUUUAACAUGAAAGCACAAAGUUGUGAAUCAGUAUAUUUGGUUUUUCCAUGAAGAAAAGAAUAGGAAUAAUAUUACUCUAGGACAAUGUGACGGAACAAGUGAGGAAUUAUGAUGGAGCAAGAUGCAAACCAAUGAAUACACUGGAUACAACACACAUGCAUACAAAAGAAUUACAUACACUACAUCUGUUACUCUUCACAUAGCCACAUUCCAAGUUAUAGAGGAACAGAGCAAUGCCCAUCUUAUUAGUAAUUUUUGGGAAUUUGACGACUCAAAUUUGAGGUCUAAAUGGCAGGGUUGCAAGGUCUGUUGUGGAGUGGUGCUGAUGCUAGCAUCUACAUUUAGACAGUGUUCCCAAACCAAACCAAGCCAAACUAAACCACCCUGCUCAACUAGAAAGGUGUGGUGCUUUAACCAAUGUAGUAUACUAGUGGAUCCAGGUGAAAAAAAAUACCUCGCAGAGAUUCCUCUCUCUUGAGGCCAGUGACUGCAACACUUGACAUGGUAUUUCUCCGCUGUAUGUGUGCUAGUGAACAGCAUACUGUCAGAGUUAGGAACUGCAACGUAUGAAAGUAACAUCAUCUCGAGGACACUGUAGAUAAAACAUCGCGCUCACUGUAUUCAUGAUACUGCAAAUCUAAACGAUGUUUAGCACUGCUGCGGCAUAGCGCGGACUAGCCAUUUGUUCUGUCUCUUUAGUGAAAGUGAUUCCUCAAGCUGUGACUGAUGAUUUGUAGCGACUCUUAGGUGACAUUCGGGAACAGACGUUUCCUCGCAUCUGGUUGCGAUACUCAGAAUAGGAGCUGUGCUUUUCUGAUUAAGAAUUUGUUGUUUAAAUAUUGUGUUGAUCUUGCAUAGAAAAUGCCUUUUUGUUUGUGAUUCUUGUCGUUUAUUUCUUCAUGAGACAACCUCAGAAAAGUAACCGUACAAUAUUGCUGAUAAUCAUUCCAUUGCACAUAGUCUUUGUUUUGUGUUUUGUUUUUGUUUUCGGUUUACUCUUUUCUUUUCUUUAAUAUAUAUGCAAGUAAUUUUGUGGUAAAGUGGUUCAUGUUUUUUUUUUUUUUUUUUUUUUGUAUUGUACAUAUCUCAUUCUGGCAAACUGCCAGCCAUCAUUUAUAUAAAUCUUAUGUAAUAAAUUAUAUUAAAGAGCAGCAAAAGGUUUUGAUAAACUAUAUUUGUUACACUUCAAUUGUGAAUAAAACAAUCUUUUAAUAUAAAA